GGUUCCGCAAGGAUGGCGACAGUUGCUCAACGAUUUGAAUCCAUGCUCAGCGAGAUCACACCAACACAAUCAGACAUCGAUACUGCAAUUAAAACUCACACCUAAAUGCGAGAGCAACUGCUGAAGCAAGAGUGGAUCAAAAAGACAUUCCUGACGGGGUCUUACAAGAGAGGAACUGCCAUUAAUCCUCUCAACGACGUAGAUUUCUUUUGCGAGGUGGAUCCUCGAUGGGCUAGAGACAAAACUCCAGCGCAAAUUCAGAGGGAGGUUCAGCGAGUUUUGCAAGCGAUUUACGGUGGUGUUCACGUUCACAGGCAGAAACACUCGCUUGGCGUCGACCUCUCUCAGUCAAUUGGAUACGACGUAAUUCCUGCUGUUCCCAAUGGAGACCAUUACAAGAUAGUCCACAGAGAGUCUGGUGAUGGCAUAUUCAUUCUGUCUAAUCCAGACGUGGUGGAGCGUACUAAGAACGACGCUAAUACUCACGGUGGACCUGGCGGUAGGAUGUCUCAAAUGAUUCGUCUUAUGAAACAUUGGAACACCAAAAACCACAAGAAAGUGAAAAGCUUUCAUCUCGAGCUUCUCUGCUACAAGGCAUGCUCAACACUGGCCAGUUGCCAGAACAACCGUGAUGCAUGCUGGAAGCUAUUUGAAUUUCUCUCUGCUACAGUACAAGGCGACUGCUUCGUACCAGGUAGUAACUUAUUUGUCUAUUGCUGCAUGUGGUAGUACAGUAAUCUUGCUGCUGUUGCAUGCAGGUGUUCCCAAAACAGGCGUAUCUGCUGCUCAGCAGAACAACUUGCGUUACUCCAAAACUCCAGCACAACUAGUCAAUUUUGCUGGUGAACUGGGUGCAGCGGCAAGGAAAGCCAAACAAGCAGUCGAAAACGAAAGAGCAAAUCCAACG